AUGCUUGCUCCAAAACAAAACCUAAAACUCACUAAAUCCACCUCUCCAGAACAUUCUCCGUCUCCCACAUGUUCACCAGCCCCAAAUCAAGAACGUUCUCCGAUUAAAGAACGUUCUCCAGAUCUUACUCCACCAUCUCUCUCACAACAAGAACAUUCUCUACAUCAAGAACGGUCUCCCACUCACCAAAUCUCUCCUCCAAAAACUUCUCAAAAUCCAAAAACUUCUCCAUUCCGUACACCACCCUCAUCAACAAAAAACAAACGUUCUCCCACUCCAGAAAGUUCAUCUCCAUCUACUUCUGAAACAUCUGAACCAUCUCCACCUACCAAAAAAUUCAAACCAAAUACACUACCUCUGAUUUCCCCCAAAAACUCCAAACUUUUCAAAGAUAAAUGGGCUCAACGCCUAAUUGGAAUCGGUCCAGUUUUUUUCUUUGACAAACUCAUUGUUGAUGGUAAUGUUGUCCAGAAUCACACUGAUGCUCUUGGCUGGACUUCAUUCUUACAAACAUCUGAGUGUUACUACCCUGAUGUUGUUCGAGUAUUCUACUGCAACGCAAAAACCUUUUAUGAUAAAUCCCUUAUCAUAUCCACGAUUAAGGGAAUUGAGAUCCGCUUAACCCCAUACAUCUUGGCCUCCAUUAUUCAACUACCAACAGAAGGACCAUCUGUGUUUGGCAACCAGUGGUAUUCAGCUCUAAAACUGAAAGAGACUGAAGUCCUUUCUGAUUUGUUUCAAGAAGGUUCCACCCGCUACCUUUCAACAUACCUCAAACCUCUCCCAAAAGUUUUUAACAUGUGCCAGCAUACUCUCAUCCCUCACUAUUGGAGUCACGAUUAUGUCUCUGCCAACGAAGCCUUACUCAUCUAUCCUCUCCUUAACUGUAAGCGUCUGAACCUUCUUCAUGUGAUCAUCAAACACAUGAUUUGUGUUACUACCAAAGACUAUAAGAAAAAUAUCAUUCCUUAUGGAAUGAUAUUGACUAAAGUCUCUAGGCAUUUUGGAGUUUCCCUCUCAUCUGAAAAAUCUCUCAUCAAAAUCUCAAAAUUUUCCACCAAAAAUCUGUCUCAUAUGCGCAAAACACUUUCUGCCCAACCUACACCAACAACAUCUUCCUUUCCAACAUCAUUAAAAAGAAAAUGA